CAUAAUAUGAUAAUUAAAACACUCAUGAAAUUAGCUUAUGAAAACUAUUUGAAUACUAGUAGUCUAAUCAUAAAGAAAAGAUAAUAAACCAACAUAAUUUAGUAUGAAUGAUAAUUACUUUUUUACUUAACUGGAAUCAAAACUUUAAUUUAUUUUUAUAUUACUAGACAUGGCCAAACACAAACAUUUUCACAUAAUAUUAUUGGGCUUUUUAUUGCUAAAAGAAUCACGGACUAAUCCUUUAAAAAAUGAAAACAUAUGUUCACCCUCCUUCCAGGGGAAAUACGAGCAAUUCCCAUAUAUAGUGAUUAUUAAAACGAAGUCAAAAGAAGAAACAUUAUGUCAAGGAACACUAAUCAAUUUAAAUUGGGUAUUAACCUCUGCACAAUGCAUGAAUAAAAAUUACAAUAUUUUAUUGAACGAAAUUAAUCUUACAAUGGGAAAUAAAACACAAAAAACUAUUCGAAAACCAAAAAAAAUUUUAGUGGAAAAAAAUAAUGAUGUGGCAUUUAUCGAGAUGGACAAACCCAUUAUUAUCACGGAUACUAUAACACCUAUUAAAUUAGCCGCUGAAGAUUUGUCGAAAGAUAUGAAAUGCGUUGUGAAUGGUUUCCAAAAAAAUUCCAACGAUGAUUUAUCUUUUAUAUAUUGGACCAAGAUCAGUAUUUCAAAACAAACCUAUGACAAAAGCGAAUGGUAUUUAGAAAACACAAUUUGCCAUAAACAACUUUUAUGGUCUUUGCACCAUAUAACCAAUAAUGGCAUCAUAUUGGUAUGUGAUCAAUAUUUAUAUGGUAUCAACUUGAUCAAUAAACCGAGAGUGUUUAAUAAUAUUUUAAACUACAAAAAAUGGAUGCAAAAUAUGAUAGGCCAAGCAAUUGCUGAUGAAAACUACGAGAAUACAAAUAAAACGUUUAUACGUAAUAACUACUUACAGUUUUCUUCAACAUCAUCAAACGCAAUCGGGAGAAAAUCUAAUGACCCAAGUUUAAUACAAACAAAAGACACGAUUAAAACAAAAUCAAAUGAUACUGCUUCAGAACAAACGGAAGAUAUUAAAGAAAUUGAAUCUGAUGAACCGACUUCGGAGAACACAGAAGACACGAUAACAACAAAAUCAUAUGACAUUACUUCAGUACAAACGGAAGACAUGAAAGAAACUGAUUCUGAAGAUCCGACUUCGGAGAACACAGAAGAUACGAUAACAACAAAAUCGUAUGAUACUACUUCAGUACAAACGGAAGACAUGAAAGAAACUGAAUCUGAAGAUCCGACUUCGGAGAACACAGAAGACACGAUAACAACAAAAUCGUAUGAUACUACUUCAGUACAAACGGAUGACACAAAAAAAACUGAAUUUGAUGAUCCGACUUCUGUACACACAGAAUACAUGUUAACAACAGAAUCCGAUGACCCAAUGUCAUCGUAUACUGAAGACAAACAAACUUACGAUACGGAAGAUGUGAAAUACAAAAGUACAGAAAAGGUCGAAUCUACAUUUUCAAUAAGUUCAACUCAAUCGUUAACCACAGAGGCAUCGACUCAAAGGCCAGUACCACUGACAGAAUUUACUGUAGUCGAUGAUACAAAAGAAACGGAGGACCCAAUCACAGAUACCACUAUUACUCAACCUUCGACUGCAAGAACAUCUACUUCAAGCGUAUACCCUUCGACAACUAUAACCAAAAAAGAAGACUAUACAGAUGAAACGGAAGACGACAUUUUCUCAGACCAACCUAAAUCUGAUACCACAGUCACACAAUCUCCAACUACGGAAAUAUCGACUUCAAGCUCGAACUAUUCAACGACUAUGACUGGGAAAAUAUUUGAAACUACCGAAACAGAAGAUUGGAAGUUCACAGUGACUAUUCAUCAUGAUCCAACAGUAUCUACAACUAGUCAACCAUCAACUUCCUCAAUCAUUACAACUACUACUACUACUACUACUACAACUGAUCAACCACUAACUACGAUGAAUACUGUAACUUCUAGUACUUCUACUACCACUAAUCAACCAUCGAAAUCCACCGAUUCCCAGAUAACUUCGAAAUUGAGUACAACCACUACUAGUAUAACUGAUAAGACAAAUCCAACUACAAUAGAAGUAUCUGAUAAACCUGUAUAUACUACCAAAAGUACAGAAGUAACACACGACAUUCAUAGUUCUAGUGAAUCAACAACAUCCGUAUACGAUCCUUCUUCAGAUACAUCAAGUUCUCAAAUGAUAUCAUUUAAUGUAAAUUGUAUAACUAUUUUGUGUUGUAUAAUUUUUUAUCUUAAUUUAUAACACAUACAUACUUAUUUU